AUGACCAAGCGUCAUCUUUUGUCACGUCUAGACGAUGAGAUGAAGGACGAUAAAACAUCAUCCUCUGUCUCUUCUUACAAAUUUGGACGACGCUUCGUCAUUCAGAUUUGGACAACGAAGGGUCUUUCUUCGUUAUCCUUCGUAGCCAGAGAAUACCUGUACUUCUUCUUGAUCUCCAGUCGGUUUCUUAACCCAUCAGACAAGAAACCUCAAAAGGGGGAAAAGUCAGGUAACUUUUCUCUUGAUGAAGCUUUUGAUUCCUUCAAUUAUAUGAUUCAUAUGCACCCAACUCCUCCUAUGUCUUCCUUCAGUAUUUUCUUUUCUGCACUUGUUAAGAAAAAACAUUUUGAUCAACUUCUUGUGAUGUACACGAGAUUCAUUUCAGCUGGGUUGCUGCCGGAUUUCUUUAUUUUGAAUAUUUUAAUUGAUUGCUUAAGCAAAAUGGCACGCGAUUCUGAUGGUUUUGUUGUUUUUGGGAGUAUUUUUAGGAGGGGUUUUUACCCAAACGCUUUGACUUUUACCAAUCUGAUUAAUGGUCUUUGUAUGGCGGGCAAGAUUAAGAAGGCCAUUGAAUUUUUUUGGAAAAUGGUUUCGGUUGGUUGUAGACCGAAUGUGGUUACAGUUGGGACUUUGAUUACUGGGUUGUGUAGAACUGGUAAUGUCACUGUUGCCCUUCAGUUGUUUGAAGAAAUGAAUAACGGGAAUGGUGAAUUUGGUGUCAUUUGUAAGCCUAAUAUUGUUUGCUUUACUACAAUUAUUGAUGGUCUUUGCAAAUAUGGGUUAGUAGACAAGGCAAAGAAACUGUUUUCAGAAAUGAAGACCAAGGGCAUUAAUCCAAACGUGAUUACUUACACCACUCUAAUUUAUGGUUUGUGUAAUACAUCUAAUUGGGAGGAGGCUAAAACUUUGUUUAUAGAGAUGUUGGAGGAAGGUGUAAAACCUGAUGUGGUGACAUUUAGCGUGGUAAUUGAUAAGCUCUGUAUCAAUGGAAAGAUGGACGAAGCCAAUGGCUUGUUCCAACUAAUGAUUAAUAGGGGUGUUUGUCCCAACACAAUAACUUAUAACACACUUUUGAGUGGUUUUUGCUUGGCAGGUCAAAUUGAUGAUGCUAGAAGGCUAUUUGAUUCCAUGGCAAGAAUGGGGUGUAAGCCUGAUGUUUUUAGCUACAGUAUUUUGAUGGAGGUUUAUAAUCAAAAAAUUGAUGAAGCCUUGAAUCUUUAUGAGGAAAUGACUUCAGAGGGAGUUAGGCCAGGUGUUGUUACUUAUAAUACCUUGCUAUCUGGGCUUUUUAUGAAUGGUAAUGUCAGACAUGCAAAAAAGCUAUUUGGUAAGAUGCAACUUAGUAAUUUGCCUCCCGAUUUAUUUACGUAUAAUAUUCUUAUUGAUGGGUAUUGCAAAAAUGGUUGUGUUUUGGAGGCUGUUGAACUGUUCCAUACUUUAAUAAAUCGAAACAUUCAACCUAACAUCACAACUUUCAAUUGUCUCAUUAAUGGGUUGUGCAAAACAGGGAGACUCAAUAUUGCUUGGGAAAUGUUCAACAGAUUACAUAGUAAUGGCUUUGUUCCAGAUGUUAUUACAUAUAACAUUAUGAUGCAUGGAUUUUGUAAGGAAGGAAAGUUAGAAAUGGCAAGUAAAUGGUUCUCAGAUAUGGAGCAAAAUGGUGUUGCGCCAGAUUUGGUCACUUUCAAUACGCUUAUGUCUGGUUUCUUGCAGAAUAAUGAGACUUUAAAAGUGGUGGAACUUCUUCACAAAAUGAAAGAGAGAAAUGUGAAACCAGAUGCAUCCAUAUAUUCAAUAAUAUUAGAUUUACUGGGAAAGCAUGAAGAUUAUCGUGAAGUUAUCAAGAGAGCCCUGGCAAACGUUAAAGUUUCCAUUUGCCUAUUUUUGUUUUCAAAUGAAAAUACUGACAAAGAUGCUCGUAAGGUUGUAGAUGGUUUAGCACCUAAGGCCACUGAUCAAAAUGAUGCCAUUGAGAAAUGGUUGUCUCACUUUGUUUGCAUGAUUACCAUUAAAUUUGUUUCAAAAAAAAAAUUUAGGGUUUUUUUUUUCAAAUGUCCUCUGAAAAUGUUUCUUAAAACUUCACUUGUUUCUUCAAAAUCAUCUUUCAAUGUUAGAUUUUCAUCUUCAUCUAUUCUUUCUUCACUUUCCCAAAAUCAACACACCAAAUCACCACCCAAACACAUCUCCACUCUUAAGCACCAUUCUCAACUUUAUAAUUUCCUUCGUGUAAACUGCAGGUCAGGUAACUUUUCUCUUGAUGAAGCUUUUGAUUCCUUCAAUUAUAUGAUUCAUAUGCACCCAACUCCUGCUAUGUCUUCCUUCAGUAUUUUGUUUUCUGCACUUGUUAAGAAAAAACAUUUUGAUCAACUUCUUGUGAUGUACACGAGAUUCAUUUCAGCUGGGUUGUUGCCGGAUUUCUUUAUUUUGAAUAUUUUAAUUGAUUGCUUAAGCAAAAUGGCACGCGAUUCUGAUGGUUUUGUAGUUCUUGGGAGUAUUUUUAGGAGGGGUUUUUACCCAGACGCUUUGACUUUUAGCAAUCUGAUUAAUGGUCUUUGUAUGGCGGGCAAGAUUAAGAAGGCCAUUGAAUUUUUUAGGAAAAUGGUUUCGGUUGGUUGUAGACCGGAUGUGGUUACAGUUGGGACUUUGAUUACUGGGUUGUGUAGAACUGGUAAUGUCACUGUUGCCCUUCAGUUGUUUGAAGAAAUGAAUAACGGGAAUGGUGAAUUUGGUGUCAUUUGUAAGCCUAAUACUGUUUGCUAUACUACAAUUAUUGAUGGUCUCUGCAAAUAUGGGUUAGUAGGCAAGGCAAAGAAACUGUUUUCAGAAAUGAAGACCAAGGGCAUUAAUCCAGACGUGAUUACUUACACCACUCUAAUUUAUGGUUUGUGUAAUACAUCUAAUUGGGAGGAGGCUAAAACUUUGUUUAUAGGGAUGUUGGAGGAAGGUGUGAAACCUAAUGUGGUGACAUUUAACGUGGUAAUUGAUAAGUUUUGUAUCAAUGGAAAGAUGGACGAAGCCAAUGGGUUGUUCCAACUAAUGAUUAAUAGAGGUGUUUGUCCCGACACAAUAACUUAUAACAGAUUUUUGAGUGGUUUUUGCUUGGCAGGUCAAAUUGAUGAUGCUAGAAGGCUAUUUGAUUCCAUGGCAAGUGUGGGGUGUAAGCCUGAUGUUUUUAGCUACAAUAUUUUGAUGGAGGGUUUAUGCUUGACAAAUAAAAUUGAUGAUGCCAAGGAACUUUUAGCCUCAAUGUUGAGUAUGGGAUGCACACCUGAUGUAGUUAGCUACAAUACUCUGAUCAAAUGGUAUUGCAAGAAUCGAAAAAUUGAUGAAGCUUUGAAUCUUUAUGAGGAAAUGACUUCAGAGGGAGUUAGGCCAAAUGUUGUUGCUUAUAAUACCUUGCUAUCUGGGCUUUUUAGGAAUGGUAAUGUCAGACAUGCAAAAAUGCUAUUUGGGAGACUCAAUAUUGCUUGGGAAAUGUUCAACAGAUUACAUAGUAAUGGCUUUGUUCCAGAUGUUAUUACAUAUAACAUUAUAAUGCAUGGAUUUUGUACGGAAGGAAAGUUAGAAAUGGCAAGUAAAUUUUUCUCAGAUAUGGAGCAAAAUGGUGUUGCGCCAGAUUUGGUCACUUUCAAUACGCUUCUGUCUGGUUUCUUGCAGAAUAAUGAGACUUUAAAAGUGGUGGAACUUCUUCACAAAAUGAAAGAGAGAAAUGUGAAACCAGAUGCAUCCACAGGUUCCAUAAUAUUAGAUUUACUGGGAAAGCAUGAAGAUUAUCGUGAAGAAAAUACUGACAAAGGUGCUCAUAAGGUUGUAGAUGGUUUAGCACCUAAGGCCACUGAUCAAAAUGAUUCUAUUGAGAAAUGGAAUCUUUAUUUCUUUGGAGAGAUGAAUCCCCUUGAUGAAGUCUCUAGUAAGAAGUUGGUGGUAGCUGAUGCUAAGUUGAACUUCGAUGAUGGUGCUGCCUUCCUGGUAGAAGGGAAUAUCUCUUGUGAUCCAUCACUAGAGGGUCCUUGA